AACAAGUCACCUACAAUUCUAAAAAUACUCCUUUCCUCCGCAAGCAUCGCUUCAGUUUAUACGCAUAACUCAAUCGAAAUGGCAGACUCGCAGGCUCCGUUGAAUUUUAAUCCGGCCGAAUUGAUCAGGCGUGUAGAAGACACCGAAAAGCGACUACAAACGAAAGACGCGGAAAUCCAAGUCUACAAAAUGCUCGUCUCCCAAAUGGAGGAAGAACUCGCCCAAGCGAAGAAAUUCAAAGAGCUCCACGACAAGCAAUCGCUCGACGUCGACUCCAUGAAAUCCGAAUCCGAGAAAACCCUCACGAAAGCCAAAAGUCUGCUCUUCGAAAAGGCCAAAAUCAUCAAGAACCAAGAGCUCCAAAUCGAGGCGUUCGCCCAGCAAAUCGACUCGCUCAAAGAGGUCGUGCGCAUCACCAAAGACCUCCUGCAAAUCCGCAACCUCGAAAUCGAGCAGCUCGAGACGAAAAUCUCCUGCAUCGAGGCCAAGACGAAGGCCGAACAGGAGCGGUACGAUCUGAUGCGCAAGAAAUUGGAGACGAUGAUCCGGCACAACGGCGAGUUGAAGCGCGAAUACGAAACGCAAUUGUGCCUGUUUCAGGCUUUGAGGGAGCGCUACAACGAGAGGGAACUGGCCAAAGGCGUGGUGGAGGGACUCAAGCAGGGUAUCAACAAAAUUGAUAGCGAUAAUGCGGUGAAAACCGAUCCGCAAUCUUCCGCUACUGAUGAUGUUAAUAACGAUGCUAAAACUACCAACAACGAUCUGAUAGAAGUCAAAAAUCAGUUGGAUGAUACUCUUUCGGUGUUGGAGAAGACGUUGGGCUUGGAACAGUCUAAAACACAAGUACCAGUCGACUUGAAGUCGAAUUCAAACGCUCCAGAAGCUGAUGUAGUACCGGAGAAAACUGAACAAGAACCGCAGAAGGAUGAGAAAACUGAUAGCGAAGAGAAAACUGAUAACGAAACCAAACCGGAAGCUAGUAGUACUCUAGGUAGCAUCAUUUCCGCCAUCAAAAGUACCGUUGGAUUGGGAUCAGAUGAUAAUCGAGCCGAAGCAAGUAAUGGAGAAGUUGUGGAGAACAAAUAGGAAAGUCCAUGCGUUUCUAAACGUUUUGUAUUUUGUGGAAUAUACUCUUGAAUAAAAUUAUAUUAACCCGACAGUUAGUAAAUAAAUGGUUUUCCC